CGGCCUCACUGCCAAAGAGCCGCAAUACCAAGCUGCCAGUUGCUAUAACGCCUCCCUCGCCUUGUUUUUUACUCCUGGCUUCGCAAAACCUCUGACACGAUGGCGCCCAAUAUGUCUCUCUUCUCUGUCCAGGCGAUAAUUAUCCUCGGAACAGAGGACGGAAACCGCAUCUUCGCCAAGUACUUCAAUGCCCCUCAUCACACCGCAUCUUCACAUGGCCAAUCUGCCUCGCCGUCGACCAACCCAUACCCCGACGUCAAGGCCCAAAAAGCAUUCGAGAAGGGCCUCUUGGAGAAGACAGCUAAGCAAACAGCCGAUAUCAUAUUAUACGACAACAGAAUAGUCUUGUACAAGUGCGAGUCGGAUAUUAUGAUGUACGUAGUGGGAGGAAUGGAAGAGAACGAGAUCAUGCUCUACAAUGUCGUCUUGGCCCUCCGCGACUCACUACACUUGCUAUUCAAGCAAUCUGUCGACAAGCGCACAAUCAUCGAGAACUACGACCUGGUGUCCCUCGCGAUCGAUGAGAUUGUUGACGACGGAAUCAUCCUCGAGACCGAUCCCCUUAUCAUCACGACCCGUGUCAGCAGGGCGCCGGCGCAAGACGUCGCGCAGUUGAAGGGCAUUGAUCUCAGUGAGCAGGGCAUGAACAACCUGGCGCAGUUCGGAAAGGCGAAGUUAGGGGAUUGGUUAAGGCAGGGCCUGUAAUGGGUGUCAAGAUGCGAACAUGAUUUCAGAUGAAAGGUGAACCUCGGCACAACUGGCCGUAUUGCAGCAUAGAGAGUGCCAUAGACGAUAGCGCAUGAGCGCUCUAUCACGACCAUGGAGCCAGACUGGAAAAUGGGGGCGUUUUGGUGGAAUUUAAGACUCGAUACCGUAUCUUGAUGGCCCCAGUUAAGAAGCUGAUGGUGUGAAACGUGAUAAUGUUGGAUUUUGCUCAUGGUUUUCCCGAUAUCAAAGCUUGGUUUUAAUCAUCGGCAGGCCUAUAUUGUAGCCAACAUUUUAAUUCUGUCAACUUGACUCUCAAUUACAUUUUCAAGUGAUAUCAUCUAAAAACAUUCAAAACGCC